AUGGAUCAAAACUUGUUUGGAGGGGCCCCCAGGUUUCUCACUCGCCCAAAGGCAUUUUCAGUGUGUGUGGGCAAGGAUGCCACACUCAGCUGCACAAUUGUGGGCAGCCCGACUCCACUGAUAACCUGGGAAAAAGACAAGCUGAAGCUGACGUCCGGAGGCCGCUUCAAGACUGUGGAAGAUGGAGACGCUUAUCGCCUGACCAUCUAUGACUUAACUUUGGAGGACAGUGGACAGUACAUGUGCAGAGCUAAGAACAGCGUCGGUGAAGCUUACGCCGCUGUAACCCUCAAAGUGGCGCUGCCGACAGAGAUGUCUCAGAAGGCCCCUGUUUUCAUGGUGAAGCCUGCCUCUGCACGUGUUGUUUUGGGGGGUGAUGUUGUUUUCCACUGCCGAGUUGCAGCUUACCCUGAGGCCAACUUUGAAUGGGAAAAGGAUGGCCGCUACCUGGGGGAGACCAACCGCAUCAAGAUAAUUUCUGAGAGCGAUGGCAGCACUUUAAAGAUCCAAUGCAUACGAAACCUAGACAGCGGCACUUACACCUGCAGGGCCCAGAACACUGUUGGCCGCGCACAAGCUGCGGCUGCCCUCGUUGUAGAUGCUCAGGAUUCCCACCGCCAAGCUGUAGAUAAGAGCACCUCCCUUCUCUCUCACCUACAGAAGCGCAAAGAGGAGAUCUCCAUCUACCGCACUGAAGAAAGCAGCACCUCCAUUUCUUCCUCCUCCACGGCCAAAAUCACGGAUGCUUUCAGUUCUCUGGGCCUGGAACAUGAGCUGCGAGCAUCUGCCCUGGCGAAGCUUCCCAAAGGUGUUUUCACUCGUACCUGCACUGUGACUGAGGGGAAACAUGCCAAACUCAGCUGCUUUGUGACCGGUCACCCCAAACCCCACAUUAUCUGGAGGAAGGAUGGAACGAACAUCAGCGAGGGCCGCAGACAUGUCAUUUAUGAGGACCAAGCUGAGAACUUCAUCCUGAAAAUCCUGUACUGCAAGCAGACCGAUAAUGGCCUCUACACCUGCAAUGCAACCAAUAUGGCUGGGCAGACCUACAGCGCUGUGUUAGUAACAGUCAAAGAACCCAAGGUGCCAUUCAGGAGAAAGCUGCAGGAUGUGGAGGUGCAGGAAAAAACCUCAGCCACACUCAUGUGUGAGGUGCCUCUUAGUUCCACUUAUACCAACUGGUUCAUGGAGGAAACGCGACUGCAGCAAAAUGCUAAAUAUCGCAUGGAGCAGGAAGGCACCCUCCGUCGCCUCACCAUACACAACGUUACCACCAACGAUGAUGGAGUUUAUAUAUGCGAGAUGAAAGAGGGCAGUCGCACUGUGGCUGAGCUCACAGUCCUGGGUAACAUAACUAAGAAGCUUCCUCGGAGGACAGUAGUUCCUGUUAGCGACACUGUCAUCUUCUGCGUGGAGCUGGAACAUCCCUAUCCAGACGCCUACUGGACUCGCAAUGGCGAGAAGUUAAAAGAGGAUUCACGUAUUUCCAUUGGCUGCGUGCUUAGACAGUACACACUCACAAUUAGAGAUUGCCAGGCAGAGGACUCUGGAGAAGUGGCGUUUGUGGCUGGAGACUGCAAGACAUCCACCCGAUUCUCAGUUACUGCUGCCCGGAAGCAUCCUCCCAAUCCUCCAGUUGACGCCGUGGUGCAGAACAAAACAGAGUCCUCCAUCACCAUUCAGUGGUCUCCUCCUGACAGUGACCGCCCUGUCCCCAUCAAAGGCUACGUUGUAGAGCGAAGGAAGGUUGGUACCCAAAUGUGGCAGAGGUGCAAUGCUGAAGAAACCAUUGUCGCAACAGAGUUUACAAUCUGCAACUUCACUGAAGAAGCUAGCUACCAGUUCCGUAUCUCUGCCAUUAAUGACUUUGGGCAGAGUGCCUACCUGGAGGUACCUGGAACCUUCUACCUUGAACCCACUGCAGAAAUCAGAAAAGGUCUGAUUAACAGCACUGCAGUCUCCAGUGAGGAAUUCUCCAUCUCUGUUGAGCUGUCUGCUGUUUGCUCAGGCUUCUGGUCCCUAAACGGACGCCUUUUGCGCAGCGGAGCCGACUACCUCAUCACCAGGUCAAAAAACAUACACACAUUGCUCAUCCGAGUUGUGACCAUGGAAAUGAACGGAACUGAAGUCAAGUUUGUGGGUGGAGGCUCACAAAGCAGUUGCACCCUCAACGUGAAGGCCCCUUCUGUUAGGUUCACCAACAAAUCCGAUCAUCUAGAGGUGGUGACCUGCAGUGCCCAAGCCACUGCUCAGCUGACUGUUGAGGUGUCAGAUUAUGACACACAGGUGGUUUGGAUGAAGAACGGACGGGAGCUAAAAAUGGGCAAAAAGUAUGAAUAUGUGAUUAAUGACCGCAAGAGGAUCCUGAUGGUACACAACGUCACUGAGGAAGAUGUGGGCAUUUAUGAUUGUGUGUUACCUGAUGACAAUAUGUCCAUGCAACUCACUCUUAAAGAUGAACCUGCCAAAUUUCUAAACAAAGCCAGAGGUACCAUGGGAAUGUCAUCGACUCUCAAAGGCGAUCUUGAGCUGAGCUGUGAGGUUUCAUCUGCCAGUGCUGCUGUUGUGUGGAGAAAAGAUCAAAUGGAGAUCACUGAGGACCAAAGAACUACCAUCAUCUCCAAGGGGACUCAAAGGAAACUCAUUAUCAAGAGUGCCAAGAAGAUUGAUGAAGGACAUUAUUCGUGUGAGACAGCAGCUGACAAAAUCACAUUCCAGGUUAAGAUAAAAGAAACUCCAGCUGUAGCUGCCUUCUCCAACAAAGAGUCAGUCCAAAAGGAAGUGAAGGCCACUCUCUUCCAAAAAGCAACUCUUACUUGUAAUGUGUCAGAUAGCAAGACAGAGGUGAAAUGGUACAAAGAUGGCAAGCUGUUGAUAUCCAGUAGGACCAUAUACUCAGAAGCAAAAGGCAACACUCGCCAGCUGGUGAUUGAAAAGGUGGAGAAGAGUGAUGCUGGAGAGUAUACCUGUGAAGCUGGAGGGGACAAACUAGUCUUCAAGAUAUUUGUCACAGAUUCCCAGUCAGCUUUCAUCAACAAGGAGUCCAUUCAGAAGGAAGUGAAAGCCACCAUCUCCCAGAAGGCUGUCCUGAGCUGUGAAGUAGCCGACGCCAAGGCAGAAGUGAAGUGGUACAAGGAUGGCAAGUUAGUGUCUUCCAGUAAGACAAUCCAUACUGAGUCAAAGGCCAAGAAUCGUCAGCUGGUGAUCGACAGUGUGGAGAAGAAGGAUGCUGGAGAGUACAUCUGUGAGGCUGGGACUGAGAAGCUUGCCUUCAAACUACAGGUGGCAGACACACAGGUCCAGUCAGCUUUCUCUAAUAAGGAGUCAAUCCAAAAGGAGGUAAAAGCCACCCUGUCACAGAAAGCUGUUCUAAGCUGUGAGGUAUCUGAUAACAAGACAGAAGUGAAAUGGUACAAGGAUGGCAAGCUGCUGACUUCCAGCAGGACAAUCCAUACUGAGUCAAAGGCCAAGAAUCGCCAGCUGGUGAUUGACAGUGUGGAGAAGAAGGAUGCUGGAGAGUACAUCUGUGAGGCUGGGACUGAAAAGCUAACCUUCAAACUACAGGUGGCAGAGGCCCAAUCAGUCUUCUAUAAUAAGGACUCUAUACAAAAGGAGGUGAAAGUCACUUUGUCCCAGAAUGCCACUUUGAGCUGUGAGGUAUCUGAUUCCAAGACAGAGGUGAAGUGGUACAAAGAUGGAAAGCUCCUGUCCUCCAGCAAGACUAUCCACACAGAGUCUAAGGGCAAGAAUCGCCAGCUGGUGAUCGACAGUGUGGAGAAGAAGGAUGCUGGAGAGUACAUCUGUGAGGCUGGGAAUGAAAAGCUCGCCUACAAACUACAGGUGGCAGACACACAGGUCCAAUCAGCCUUCUUUAACAAGGAUUCAGUUAAGAAGGAAGUGAAAGCCACCAUCUCCCAGAAGGCUGUCCUGAGCUGUGAAGUAGCCGACGCCAAGACAGAAGUGAAGUGGUACAAGGAUGGCAAGUUAGUGUCUUCCAGUAAGACAAUCCAUACUGAGUCAAAGGCCAAGAAUCGUCAGCUGGUGAUCGACAGUGUGGAGAAGAAGGAUGCUGGAGAGUACAUCUGUGAGGCUGGGACUGAAAAGCUUGUCUUCAAACUACAGGUGGCAGACACACAGGUCCAGUCAGCUUUCUCUAAUAAGGAGUCAAUCCAAAAGGAGGUAAAAGCCACCCUGUCACAGAAAGCUGUUCUAAGCUGUGAGGUAUCUGAUAACAAGACAGAAGUGAAAUGGUACAAGGAUGGCAAGCUGCUGACUUCCAGCAGGACAAUCCAUACUGAGUCAAAGGCCAAGAAUCGCCAGCUGGUGAUUGACAGUGUGGAGAAGAAGGAUGCUGGAGAGUACAUCUGUGAGGCUGGGACUGAGAAGCUGGCCUUUAAGAUACAUGUGCAAGAAGCCCCAGCUGGCUUCUCUAACACGGAGUCAGUCCAGAAGGAAGUGAAAACUUAUCUCUCACAGAGAGCCACGCUUAGUUGUGAGGUUUCAGAUUCCAAGACAGAGGUAAAGUGGUACAAGGAUGGCAAGCUGCUGACUUCCAGCAAAGGAGCCCACAUGGAGUCUAAGGGUAAAACUCGUGAGCUGGUGAUAGAAAAAGUGGAGAAAAAGGAUGCUGGAGAAUAUACUUGUGAGGCUGGAACAGAGAAGCUGGUAUUUAAGUUGCAGCUAACAGAUUUAGCCAUAAAGUUCCAGAAGAAAUCUGUCAAGGACACAUGUGUGGUUCAAGCAAGUGAAAGCAUUGUUUUAUCCACUGAACUGACCGCAGAGGGCGGUAGUGUGAGAUGGUUUAGAGAUGGCGUGGAGCUCAAGGAGAGCAGCAAGUAUGAAAUGAAAAAAGAGGGCCUUUCUCGUACCCUGAUAGUGAAAUCUGCAGAAAUGAAAGACAGUGGAACGUACUCUUGUCAAACUGCGGAUGAUAAACUGGAGUUCAAAGUUCAAGUUAAAGAUUCAGCUUUGAAGUUUGUUCUCCCUUUGAAACCUGCCACAGUGGAACUGGGAGGUACACUAAGCCUGAUUUGUGAACUAAAUCAAGCUUCAGGGGAUGCUGUAUGGCACCAUAAUGGCCGUGAGAUUAAACCUGGAGGCAGGUUCUGUGUCAGAGCAGAUGGUGCUAGGCGAAUUCUCACUGUGACUGGCAUGACUAAGGAAGAUGAAGGAGAAUACAGCUGUGAAUGUAGAAAUGACAAGACAUCUGCUAAAGUCUCCUCUAAAGCACCAAGAUUAGUGAGGCUGGUCACCAAACUGAACAACGUGGUUGCAACAGAGCGAAAAGAUGCGGUUUUCAAGUGUGCCGUCAGCCCAGCAGACGUCAGCGUCAGAUGGUUCCACAACAGUAUCCCCAUCAUUGCUGGGCAGAAGUAUAAGCUUGAGCAAGGUGGUGGCAGCCACUCACUUACCAUCACCUCAGUCACUCAGAAAGAUGCAGGAGAGAUAAGUGUUGAUGCAGAAGGCAAAAGCUGCAAAGCUACACUACAAGUGCAACAUGAACCUGUGACUUUCAAGAAAAAGCUAGAAAACCUGACAGUGGAGGAGCAAAGCGAAGUGAGGAUGGAAGUGGAGCUCAGUAAGGAAUCGGAUGAAGUCAGGUGGAUGAAGAACAGUGUAGUGCUGCAACCUGCAGGAAACAUGGAGAUUCGGGUAGAGGGAGCUAAGCAGGCUCUGGUCUUCAAGAGUGUGACUUAUGCUGACCGUGGCAUCUACUCUUGCGAAACUCUGGAUGAUAAGACCCAGGCCAAGCUCAGCGUGGAGAUGAAGAAGAUCCAGGUAAUAAAGGGUCUAACAGAAACCAAGGCACGUGAAACUGAGACAGUAACACUUGAGGUAGAACUCAGUCAGGCCAAUGUUGAAGGCUCCUGGAACAGAGACAGGGUCAAAUUAAAGUCAGGGCCAAACUGCCAUAUCACAGCUCUGGGAAAGAAGCACGUCCUGACGUUGUCCAGUCUCAAGCAAGAGGAUGCAGGAAUGAUUUCCUUCCAGGCAGAGGGAGUGCAUACUUCGGCUAAACUGAUCGUCACAGAAGCUCCUGCUAUGAUCUCCAAACCUAUUAUGGAUAUGAGUGUUCCUGAGAAGGAGAAGGUUACGUUUGAAUGUGAGGUGUCCAGAGCGAAUGCAGAUGUUAGAUGGUUCAAGGAUGAGGUGGAACUAAAACCGGGAAAGAACUUUGCUAUUCAUUCAUUGGGCCAAAAGCGCACUUUGGCCAUCAACAAAUGCUCCCCUGAAGAUGGAGGCACGUACAUCUGCCGUACUACUGAUGAUAACACCUCCGCCAAGCUCACUGUUCAUGCCAGAGAUAUCAAGAUCAUUAAGAAGCUGGAAGAUUUGGAGGUAAUGGAGAAGGAGAGUGCUAAAUUUGUCUGUGAAAUCUCACACGAUGAAGUGGAGUGCCAGUGGUACAAAGGAAACACAAAACUCAAAGCCACUGACAACAUAAAGAUGAGGCAAGAGGGCAGAACUUAUGUGCUGCUUUUCAAGUCUGUUACCCCAGAAGAUAUGGGUGAAAUUAAGUUUACAGCUGAGAAAGCAUCUUCAACUGCUAAACUUAAAGUGAAAGAGCUGCCUGUGAAGUUUGUGAAGCGACUCAGGGAUAAGAUAGCGAUGUAUAAGCAUCGUGGUCAUCUUGAAUGCCAAGUGUCACGUGCCAGUGCAAAGGUGAAGUGGUACAAGAACAAGACGGAGAUCAAACCCAGCAAGAAGUACGAGAUCAAAAGCGAAGACCUGUACCGAAAGCUCACUGUUAAUGAUGUGGACUCUGGGGAUGAAGACACGUAUACCUGUGAUGCCACUGAUGACAAGACAUCCUGUAAACUGCUUGUGGAAGAGCAGUCCAUCAGCAUAGUGCGGGAACUUAGUCCAGUAGAAGUCACAGAACCCUUUGCAGCUGUUUUUGAAGUGGAAAUCAGUAUGGAACUGGUGAAACCUCCUAUAUGGACUUUGAAUGGAGUUGCUCUGCAGGAGGGGCCUGAUGUUGAAAUGGAGAAAGAAGGCACGAUGCACCGUCUCACUUUCAAAAAGACUAAAGCAACAAUGACGGGAGCUGUACAGUUUACAGCUGGGAAGAGCAAAUCUUUAGCCCAGCUCACAGUUAAAGAGCGCCCACUUGAGAUUGCAGAAGCCAUUAAAGAUGUUAAGGCGAAGGAGAAAAGCUCAGCCAUACUCAGCUGCAAGUUCUCUGCUCCACCCAAAGAGGUUAACUGGUUCAAAGGUCGAGUACCUCUGGCAGCAUCAGACAAGUACAACAUCAAGCAAGAUGGUACACGCGCCCAAAUUACCAUUCACAGGCUCACUGAGGAGGACAGUGGAGAGUACCGCUGUCAGUCUGGACCUGCUGAGACCAAAGGCACACUUACUGUUGAAGUGCGUGAAAUCAAAAUCACCAAGCACUUAGCCAACACAGAAGUCGAUGAAGACAGCGAUGCGGUAUUCACCUGUGAGAUUAACUACGCUGAUGAAGAAGCUCAGUGGCUUCUGAAUGACAAGGUGCUCUUCACAAAUGAGGUUAACACCAUCGCUCACGAGGGGAAGGUUCACAAGCUGACACUGAAGAACCUGGCACCUCAAGAUGGAGGAACAAUCACCUUUCAAGUCCGCAAGGUCAAAGAGUCUGUCACACUCAAGGUUAAAGAGAAGCGCGCUGUGUUCCUCAAGUCACUAGAUGAUGUUAUUGGAGAAGAGAAAGGCAUGAUCACUCUGGCGUGUGAGGCAUCCAAGCCGAGAGUUUCCCCCACAUGGAGAAAAGAGGGUAAAGUCUUAAAAGCUGGGCCAAAAUAUGAGCUCCUUCACACAGGCAAGUCUUUGGGCCUGAUCAUCAAGGAUGUCACCAAAGACGAUGCUGGGGAGUACAGCUGUGACCUUGGCACUGAGGUAUCCAAGGCAAAGGUUACUGUCAGAGAAAUUGGUAUUGGAAUAACUAAAUGGCUGAAAUCAGUUGAAGUGAAUGAGGGAGAGACAUGCAGCUUUGAGUGCAUCCUGUCUCGUGAGAGCACAGAUGAGUGCUCCUGGACUGUCAAUGGCCAAGCUGUUACAAACAGAGGCCGCUUUAGCAUCUCCACCAAAGGACGCAAAUACAUGCUCACUAUUAAAGAUGUCUCCCCUGCUGAUGCUGGUGAGGUAGUCUUCAGUAUCAAAGACUUGAGCUCCAAAGCAACAUUAACAGUUGAAGGUAAAGCUUCAUCUGUAUCAAAAGGACUGCAGAAUAUUUGUGUCGUUCAAGGGGAAGAUGCUGUAUUUUCUUGUGAGGUGACACAGGCUAGUUUUGUUGUAAAGUGGGCCAAGGAUGGUAAAGCCAUCAAAAAGAGCCAGAAAUAUGAGCUCAGCCAGCAAGAUAGAGUCAUGAAACUGACCAUCCAUAAUGUGUCUGCUCAAGACUCUGGAGAGUACAGCUGUGAAGUUAUUGGAGGUGCAACCACCAGAGCUAAGCUAGAAAUCAAGGAGCCAAUCCAUAAAUUCACUAAAGCGCUAAAGGACAGUGAAGCAGAUGAGAAGGGCUCUGUGACUCUGCAAUGCGCAACGGAACAAAUCCCAUCCACGGUUGUAUGGCUUAAAGGUCACACAGAGCUCAAGGCUGGAAGGCGAUAUGAGAUGUCUCAGAAAGAUGGCGUCUUAACUCUCACCAUCAAACAACUGGAGGAGAACGAUACUGAUAUCUACACUUGUGACGUGGGCACUGCCAAGAGCAUGGCCAAGGUGACCGUUAAAGCCCUGCCCGCCACUUUUAUUGAGAAGCUCAAAAACCAGGAGAAAAAAGAAGGGGAGAGUGUGACACUUCGCUGUGAGCUAUCAAAACCUGCAGCUGUCGUUCAGUGGAAAAAAGACUCUGAAAUUCUCAAACCAGGAGAGAAGUAUGACAUGAAGCAGGCAGAGGGCGCUUGUAUACUUCAGAUUCUGAAUUUGAAGAUAGAAGAUAGUGGAGUGUAUACAUGCGUAUGCGGGGACGAGAAGACAUCUGCAGCCUUGAAAGUCACUGCAUUGCCACCAAACUUCACACAGAAGCUGGAGAGUCAGCAGGUUGAAGAGGGAACUGACAUUAUUCUGCGCUGUGAGCUCUCUAAAGCUGGAGUCCCAGUAGAGUGGAAGAAAGGAACACAGGCCCUGAAGUCUGGAGAAAAGUACCAGAUGAAGCAGAAGGCCUCUGUUAAUGAACUCGUAAUCAAGAAGGUGGUGCCUGAAGACAGUGGAGACUACAGCUGUGUGUGUGGAGACCAGAAGACCACAGCUAGCCUUAGCAUAAAGGCCAAACCAGUCACCUUCAAACAGAAGCUGGAGAGCCUGGAGGCCGAGGAGGGAGCUGACAUUAUUCUUUGCUGUGAGCUCUCUAAAGCUGGAGUCCCAGUAGAGUGGAAGAAAGGAACGCAGGCCCUGAAGUCUGGAGAAAAGUACCAGAUGAAGCAGAAGACCUCUGUUAAUGAACUCGUGAUUAACAAGGUGGUACCUGAAGACAGUGGAGACUACAGCUGUGUGUGUGGAGACCAGAACACCACAGCUAGCCUGAGCAUAAAGGCCCAACCAGUGACCUUCAAACAGAAGCUGGUGAGCCAGCAGGCCGAGGAGGGAGCUGAUAUUAGUCUGUGCUGUGAGCUCUCCAAAGCUGGAGUCCCAGUAGAGUGGAAGAAGGGAACGCAGGUCCUGAAGUCUGGAGAAAAGUACCAGAUGAAGCAGAAGGCCUCUGUGAAUGAACUUGUAAUUAAGAAGGUGGUGCCUGAAGACAGUGGAGACUACAGCUGUGUGUGUGGAGACCAGAAGACCACAGCCAGCCUUAGCAUAAAGGCCCAACCAGUGACCUUCAAACAGAAGCUGGAGAGUCAGCAGGCAGAGGAGGGAGGCAGUGUCACUUUGCGCUGUGAGCUCUCUAAAGCUGGAGUCCCAGUAGAGUGGAAGAAAGGAACACAGGUCCUGAAGUCUGGAGAAAAGUACCAGAUGAAGCAGAAGGCCUCUGUGAAUGAACUCGUGAUUAACAAAGUGGUGCCUGAAGACAGUGGAGACUACAGCUGUGUGUGUGGAGACCAGAAGACCACAGCCAGCCUUAGCAUAAAGGCCCAACCAGCAACCUUCAAACUGAAGCUGGAGAGCCUGGAGGCCGAGGAGGGAGGCAGUGUCACUUUGCGCUGUGAGCUCUCUAAAGCUGGAGUCCCAGUGGAGUGGAAGAAGGGAACACAGGUCCUGAAGUCUGGGGAGAGGUACCAGAUGAAGCAGAAGACCUCUGUGAAUGAACUCGUGAUAGAAAAAGUGGUGCCUGAAGACAGUGGAGACUACAGCUGUGUGUGUGGAGACCAGAAGACCACAGCUAGUCUCAAUAUAAAGGCUGUGAAGCUGGCAGCUCCUCCUUCAGCUGCUACAGAAUCUAAGAGGCAGGAAACCAAAGAAAAAGAAUCUCUGUCUGUAGCUGCUAAAGACAAGCACAAGAGGCAAGAGAUAAAUGAGAUGGUAGAAGCUGAUAAGCCUUUUGCUGGAACCACUGACAAACCAGCUACUCAGAGACAGGGGACCAAAGAGCAGCUCGCAGUUCUUCCAGUCAUAUUCAUUCGAGACCUGGAGAGCCAAGUAGCUGAAGAGGGAGGUAGUGUUACCCUGCACUGUGAGCUAUCAAAACCUGGAGUCCAUGUAGAGUGGAAGAAAGGAUCAGAAGUCCUGAGCUGUGGAGAAAAGUACCAGAUAAAACAAAAGGGAUUCUGUCAUGAGCUGCACAUUCUUGAUUUGAGGCCUGGAGAUACAGGAAGCUAUUCCUGCUCUUUAGAGGAUACAAUAAGCUCAGCAUCCCUGGUUGUAAAUGCUCUUCCAGUUAUUUUCACAAAAGAGCUGGAAAGCCAAACGGCUGAUGAGGGUGACAGUGUCACCCUGAACUGUGAACUAUCUAAAGCUGGUGUUCCUUUGGAGUGGAGGAAGGGAGAACUUGGUCUUUGUCCUUGUGCAAAGUAUGAAAUUAGACAAAAAGUACACCUGGCUACACUAAUAAUCCAUGAUGUUGACUCAGAGGAUUCUGGGAGUUACACAUGUGAUGCCGGUGAUCGUCGUAGCACUGCACAGCUAGCUGUGAAGGCCAAGCCUGUCCUUUUCAAAACCCAGCUACAGAACCUUGAAGGACAAGCAGGAGAGAGCGCCUGUCUUCGUUGUGAAAUCACAAAGCCGGGGGUCAGUGUGGUCUGGAGGUGUGGUGAUCGGGUGCUGGCAUCCAGCAGCAAGUAUCACCUGAAGCAGGAAGGGACUGUAGUUGAGCUUAUCAUCUACAAACUGCAAGGAACUGACUCAGGAGAGUACUCCUGUGAUACAGGCAGGCAGAAGACUUCAGCUGUCCUCACUGUGAAGGAGGUCGAGGUUAAAAUACUGAAAUUCUUGGAGAGCUGCGUUGUGUACGAGGGUGAAGAUGUCUGCUUUGAGUGUCUGGUUUCUCAUGAGGAGGCACCAAUGGCACUGUGGAAACUCCAGGAUGUCCCUCUGCAGAAUAAUGAAAUGAACCUGAUCAAGGCUGAGGGUCGGCUGCACAGCCUCACACUCAGAGGCGUCACUACAGCUGAUUCAGGGACAGUAACUUUCACUGUGGGAAACCACACUUCCACAGCUUCUCUGACAGUCAGAGCUGCACCUGUAGUAUUCAAGAAGGAGCUGAAAAGUCAAGAGGCCAAAGAAGGAGGCGAAGCCUCUCUGUCCUGUGAGGUAUCAAGCCCUGAUCACAAGGUGACCUGGUGGAAGGGCUCAACUCUUCUCACACAGGGAGAGAAAUACACCAUGGAGCAAAGAGCAACCACUCACAUUCUGAUCAUACACAAGCUGAUCAUGGAGGAUAGUGGGGAAUAUACCUGUGAUACUGGAGACCAGAAAAGCACUGCUACCCUGACUGUAAAAGAGCAUGUGCGAAUCAUUCGAGAACUCUGCGACAUUACUGUGACCACUGGGAAAGACGCCGUCUUUGAGGUUGAGCUGUCACACUCUGGUGUCACCAAUGGGGAAUGGUGGCUUUCAGACAACCUGCUUCAAAAUAAUGAUCUGAAUCAAAUGAGCAUUAUAGGGAGAGUGCACCACUUGGUCCUCAAGAUGGUAACCACGGAUGAAUCUGGAGAUGUUGCAUUCGUGGUGGGAGAAGAGAAGAGUGUGGCCUGUCUUCUGGUGGAGGAGAAACCCAAAGUGCUAAUAUUAGAGAACCCACACAACACUGUUGCAUUAGAAGGUGAAACGGUCACUUUGGCCUGCACCAUCUCUGACCCCAGUGGUAAGGUUACCUGGAUCAAAAACAAUGUGGCCCUCCAAGCGGGUCUCAAGUAUGACCUGAAGAAGAAUGCAGCAUUUCAUCAGCUUCGUAUUCACAACCUGGUGGCUGAGGACGCCGGAACGUAUACCUGCGACACUGGGGAUGCACAGUGUGAUGUCACGCUGACUGUGGAAGGUGCCCCAGUCUUCUUCCAGACAGAGCUCAAGAACCAGGAUGCCAUAGAGGGUGAUGAUAUUACUCUGCACUGUGAGCUCUCUAAGCCCGGUGUUUGUGUUGAGUGGAGGAAAGGAGGAUUAGUCCUCCGGCCUGGUAAGAAGUAUGAGAUGAGGCAGUCAGGGUGUAUUCAAGAGCUCUGUAUAUGGAAUCUGGAGCCUGAUGACAGUGGCUACUACACCUGCGAUGCAGGAGACCAGCUCACUACAGCUUCUUUAGCAGUGCAAGCAAAAGAAGUCUUCAUUGUUUCUGGCCUUAAGUCCACCGAUGUUUUUGUUGGCGAAUGGGCAACUUUCUCCUGCCAGCUCUCUGGUAAAGCCCACGGCAAGGUGCAGUGGUGGCUGGAUGGCAGCUUGUUGGAGAACAGCCCCUUUAGUGAGAUAGGGCUGGCCCAGGGCCACAUCCACACACUCACCUUAAAGAACCUGGCCACAGAUGACUCUGGCACUGUCACCUUCAAAGCUGGCAGUUUAACAUCAACAGCCAAGCUCUUGGUCAAAGAUCCCACAGUUGAAGUGGUGAGCGAGAUGGAGGACCUUCGGGUGGUUGAAAACCAGCCGGCUGAGUUCAUCUGCCAGUACUCAAGACCAGUGAAGGCUCAGUGGAAGAAAGAUGGGCAGCCUUUGCAGCCUGAUGGCCGAAGGGUGGUAGUGGAGCAGGACUGGAAUGUGGCUCGCUUGUACAUUAGCCAUGUGUCUGCUGAGGACAGGGGCACAUACUCCUGUGAGGCAGAGGGGACCUGCGUGGUCGCUUCACUUCAUGUGGAAGCCAAACCCAUUACCAUUGUUCAGGGCCUGGAGAAUGUGGACACUUUUGAUGGAGGCGAAGCGCUCUUUGAGUGUGCCCUGUCUCGUCCUGAGAGCAAAAACUGCCAGUGGCUCCUUGAUGGCAAACCACUGAAAGAAUCCCCUAAUGCUGAGGUUGUAUCAUUCGAGAGCGGUCGUCGCCAUCUGCUCCUGCUGAAAGAGCUGCGCGCCAAAGACAGUUGCACGGUGACUUUCAGAGCUGGCUCAGCGUCCACAUCUGCCCAGCUCACUGUUAAAGGUUGGCAGUUGGCCAUUGUGAAGGGUUUGGAGGACAGAGUGGCUGCAGUGGGGGAGAAAGUCGAGUUCUGUGUUGAGCUCACGGAGGUGGUCCCUACGACAGAAGUGGUCUGGUAUGCUAAUGGAGUUGAGCUGAAGCCCAGUGACCUCUGGGCUAUGAGGGCCGAUGGUCGGUCUUACCGCCUUGUCCUGAGACAGGCGCCUCUUUUGCCCCAGCAGGAAAUUACAUUUGCUGCCAGAGAUGCUAUCUCUCUGGCCAAGCUCACCAUCAUCACUGUGCCUGAUCCUCCAGAGGAUCCGGAGGUCCUCAGUAAGACAAAAAAGUCUGUUACCCUCUCUUGGUUCACACCUUUGCAUGAUGGAGGAAGUCCCAUUCUGGGCUACAGAGUGGAGAUCCGAAUGGUAGACAGUGCCCUCUGGCUUCCAUGUCAUUCUGAGCCUGUGCGUAACACUGAAUUUGUGGUUGAAAAUCUCAGUCCAGGCAGUGCCUACAGGUUUAGAGUGGCAGCCAUCAACAGAGCAGGGAUAGGGGAACCUGUUGAGCUGCCUCAGACUGUUCAGCUUGAUGCAAAAGAGGAAGUGACCGAGGUACUGGGACAGCCCAGUCUUCCUCCUGAGGCUGCUGAAGAAGGUGAUCUCCAUGAACUUUGGGAAGCAUCAGCCAAGAAACGACGCAUGAGUCGGGAGCCAACUCUGGACUCCAUCUCUGAACAACCAGAGGAGGAUGGCAAAAGGGGUCAGAGCAAAUUAGACCAGAAUCAGCUUCCACAAUCUGAGAAAGUGGAAGUCAAAUCAGCAGAGAAGGAGCAGGCCAUUGUGUCAAAGAAGCAGACAGAAACCAGCCUGUGCACCAGCUCUGAGGAUGAGUCUGUUUCUGGGCGUUCGACACUUGUUUCUUACCUCAAAAAGAGCAGCAAGACUACUGAGACAGUGACAAAGGAAGCAGAUACUCUAGCCACUGAGAGGUUCUUCGCACAUUUCCAAAUGUCAGAGCAGAAAACUGUGCAGCAGACAGAAGUGAAAACAACUGUAGUUCAGCAAACUCAAGAAAAACACGUGUCUACAGAGGAAACUAGCAUCAUGGAGAUCGGUAAAGAGGAUGACCCUGAGCUCAGAGAAGCUGCUGUUAAGAUUCAAGCUGCCUUCAAGGGCUACAAGGCCCGCAAGGACAUGCGUCCUGUUUUUAAAGAAGUCUUCAAAGACCAGACUAAAGAACCUAAUGGGACCAUACAUCUGGAAUGUGUGACAGAAGGGAAACCUGAUAAGGUCCGCUGGCUGAAAGAUGGAGAACUACUGACAGAUGGCAAGCAUCAUCAUAUUGAUAUCUAUAAUGAUGGCACCUGCUCACUGGUCAUUACUGCAAUCACCACCAAGGACACUGGAGUUUACACAUGUGAAGCCACUAACAAGUUUGGGGUAGCUUCUCACAGUGGUAAGGUGACUGUGGGAACGGUAAGAGAAUCAUCGGGCCGACGGCCGCUUACUGUAGGUUACAGUGCUGACAGUGAGCCUGAGAGCUCCUCCGGAAGUGAGAUGGAUGAGUCGCUGAGACAGGCAAGCAGACGCCUCCGGCGCCUGUUGCGCACGCGUCUCCCACCAGAUGUUGAGGAAGAACCAUUUGUCAGUGCAGAUGAAGGAGACUUGCGAGCCCCAGACCCACAAUCUUACCGUGAAGAUGACAAUUAUAUCUACAUUCGUUUUGAUUCACGGACAGAGGCUGAAGUUGCCUCUAUGAGAUUUCAGGAGAUGUUUACAGUCCAUGGGGUUCCUGUGGAGACCACAAUCUUACCUGCAGGGCCUCACAAAGUGGAGCUGCGAAUUAAAAAGAUGGGCUACAUACAAGAUGGUUCACAGACGCCCACACAAGAUAGACAGCCUCCUGCUUUCAUGACUGGAGCUCCAGCUGCACCGGUCUUCUUAACCGAGCUACAAAGUCAGGAUGUUCCAGACGGUUAUCCAGUCAGCUUUGACUGUGUUGUGAUUGGCAAGCCACCUCCCACUGUUCGCUGGUAUAAGGAUGGCAAGCUGCUGGAGGAGAAUGACCAUUACAUGAUCAAUGAAGACCAGGAGGGCUGCCACCAACUUAUCAUCACCACUGUGUUGCCUACUGACAUGGGGGUCUAUCGCUGCACAGCUGAAAACAGCAGUGGCAUUGCAUCUACUAAAGCUGAACUCAGGGUUGACAUGUCUUGCAGCUCAGAUUAUGACACUGCUGCUGAUGCCACUGAGACGUCUUCUUACGUCAGUGCCAAAGGAUACAUGUCCAGGGAAACUGAGACCUUUGAGUCUGUAGCUGAAGAUGAUCAGCUACCGCAGGUUGUGGAGGAGCUUCAUGAUGUUCACGUCUGUCCAGGUUCACCUAUUGCAAAGAUGCAGCUUAAAGUAAAGGGUUUCCCGAAACCCAGAAUAUACUGGUUCAAAGAUGGCCACCCUCUACGACCUUCAGAAAGAAUUCAUUUGUUAGCAGAGAGAGACGUUCAUGGCGUGGAGAUCACGGAGGUGAAAAAAGAGGAUAUGGGGGAGUACUCCGUCUACAUCAGCAAUGCAGCCGGUUCUGCUUACUCCUCUGCCCGGAUGAUAGUAUUGAGUCCUGGGGAGAUUUUACCACAAGAGAAAAAGGACCCUAAAGAGCCCCUGGUGCCACCCCGCUUCAUUGAAAGGUUCAGCAAUAGGAAGGUGAAACAAGGAACAAGCAUCACUCUGUCUGUGAAAGUAGAAGGAUCUCCUACUCCCAUGGUCAACUGGCUAAAGGAGGAAUCUUUGGAGGAUGUCCUGUGGAUCAAGCCUGACACUAAAGGAUACAAAAUAGCAAGCUCUGGGCGCCAGCACAGUCUCAUCUUGAUGGACGUGGGCACGGAGUACACUGGUGCCUACACCUGCAUUGCAACAAAUAAAGCUGGACAGUCCAUCUGCACUGCUCACUUGGAGGUGGAUGAGACUCCUCAGCCCAAGAAAGAGACAGCGGCUUCAGAGGUUCUUGGGAUUACAGUUAGUCCUCCACAGGAAGACACUAGCAGAGGAAAAGAGGGCAAAAUGCCUUUCCUAGGUGAAGUAGGUUCAGAGGAAUUCCUCAUGAAACUCACCUCUCAGAUCACUGAAAUGGUAUCAGCCAAGAUCACCCAAGACAGUUUACAGAAUCAUGAAGUGCUCCAGUGGAUGAAAUCUUGGCCCAAAUCUGCCACUUCAUUACGCGUACCAGGUGGUGACAGUGAUGAUGAGACCAAGACACCUUCUCCAUCACCUCAUCACGGUCGCUCCCGUCCUCCCUCCCUCAUUGCUGACUCCUCCUCUGAGUCUGAUGAAGGAGAUGCCAGGGGAGAGAUGUUUGAUAUCUAUGUAGCAACAGCUGAUUACAACCCCAUCGUGGCGAGCAAAGAUUCCAUCUCUCUAAAAGAGGGACAGUAUGUUGAGGUUUUGGACUCGGCUCACCCACUCAAGUGGUUAGUUCGGACCAAACCCACCAAAACGACACCAUCCCGCCAAGGCUGGGUCUCACCGGCCUACCUGGACAAAAAACUCAAACUCUCCGCUGAUGCUGGCGAUCUUCCAGAAACAAGUGUGGAAGAGGUGUCUGAAGGAGAAUACAAGAGAAAAUUAUUCCAACUGAUCCAGGAACUGAUAAACGGAGAAUCAGAGUUUGUCAAGGAGGUGGAAUUCUUCACCUCCCAUCACCUAAAGCAUGCAGACAGUUCUGAUGCACCGCCUGAUGUCACCAGUCAGAAAGAGGCUAUUUUCAGAAACAUUGAUGAUAUCAAAUCCUUCCAUAGCAAGGCAUUCCUUCCGAAGUUGAAUGACUGCGACACUGAUGACGACAUAGCCAUGUGUUUCCUGAAGAACAAGGAGGGCUUUGAGAAGUACCUUCAGUAUCUUGUAGGUCAGAGUCAGGCUGAAUCUGCCAUCAGUGACAAGAGUGUCCACAGCUUCUUUAAGGAAUAUACUGACACAGCGCAGGCUAAUUCAGACCCUGCAGAUCCACCAGUAAGAAGCAUAAAUGCCUAUCUCCAACAACCACUGGAGAGGAUUCAGAAGUACAAGGCCUUCCUGAAGGAGCUCAUUCGAAACAAAGCAAGAAAUGGUCAGAACUGCUGCCUGCUGGAAGAAGCUUUUGCAAUGGUGUCUGCACUCCCUCAGCGUUCUGAGAAUACCCACCAUGUCGCCAUGAUUGAGAACUAUCCUGCCACCCUCGAAGUUCUUGGAGAACCAAUUAGACAGGGGCCUUUCCAAGUGUGGGAGGGUGCUCCUGGAAUUAGAACGUCCUCUAGAGGUCACCACCGUCACGUCUUCCUCUUUAAGAACUACUGCAUUAUCUGCAAGCCCAAGAGAGACAGCAACACUGAUACACAAGCAUAUAUUUUCAAGAACAUGAUGAAGCUGAAUAACAUUGAUGUGAAUGAGACAGUGGAGGGUGAUGACCGUGCCUUUGAGAUUUGGCAUGAGCGCGAGGAUUCUGUGAGGAAGUACACUUUACAAGCCCGAACUGUUACCAUCAAGAACUCAUGGCUGAGAGACCUCAGAGAACUGCAGCAGCGAUACAGCAUGCCUGCAUGGAGUUCCCCUGAUUUUGAUGAAAUUCUGGCAAACUGCACAGCAGAGCUGGGCCAGACUGUUAAGCUGGCCUGCAAAGUUACUGGAGUACCCAAACCUGCGGUUACCUGGUACAAGGAUGGACGCGCAGUGGAGGCAGAUCCUCAUCACAUCAUCAUCGAGGACCCUGAUGGUUCCUGCACACUAAUCCUGGACAAUAUGACUGCAGAUGAUUCUGGUCAGUACAUGUGCUUUGCCACAAGUCCAGCUGGCAAUGCCAGUACUCUGGGAAAGAUCACAGUUCAGGUACCUCCUCGCUUUGUAAAUAAAAUAAGGAAUGCCAUCUUUGUUGCCGGUGAGGACGCUCAGUUCACCUGUGUAAUACAAAGUGCCCCCAAGCCCAAAGUGAGGUGGUUCAAGGACGGCAGGCUGCUGACUGACCAGCAGAAAUAUCAGACCUACAGUGAGCUCCGGAGUGGCGUUCUGGUUCUGGUAAUCAAAAACCUGACAGAGAGAGACCUUGGACACUAUGAGUGCGAGUUGUCGAACCGUCUGGGCAGUGCAAAGUGUGCUGCUGACUUGGUCCCCCCCUCUGCUGUGGCUCGCUCUGGUGAGCAGGCCAUCACCAUUGAAGUUACCGAGCAGGAGACGAAAAUGCCAAAGAAAACCAUCAUCAUUGAGGAGACUAUAACCACCGUGGUGAAGAAUCCUCGAAUGAGAAGACACAGAUCACCUGGCUUGAGUCUUGCUGGUGUCCACCGCUCUGAGACUUCCACCCCCGAGCCUCCUACAGCCAGGACAAGGAGGAUGCCCACUCCAAGAAAGCCCACUAUCCCAACUCUCUAUGUUACUGAUCCCCAGGGGGCGGAAGCCAGGGGAACAGAGAGCAAGCCCAGGUGGGUUGAAGUAGAAGAGGUCAUCGAGUAUAAGGUUAAUAAGUCUCCCAGGCUGUCCAGGAGGAGAGGUAUUUCACCAGCAGGGUCUGAUCGUGCAGGCACUCCCUUGAGACCCAAAAGGUCUCCAGUGGAAAAUCCAAAUGCUAACAAUUCCAACAACAAGCUUGUGGAGCAAGCACAAGCCCAGCUGCAGGGAGACAUCAGCAGCCAGCCGCUCUCCUGGGAGGAAGAGGUGACUGAUGCUGCAUCUGGAUCUGCUUCUGGAGAGCCGCACGAGCUCUCUUCUGUCCUCGCUACAGCUGGAGAAGAUGACGACGACCUGGAUGAUCAACAAACUGUAAUUUUUGAACCCGAUGACAAGGAGGAUACAUCUGCAAGAAAGCAAGAGCCUGUGUUCCUAAAACAAGGAGAUCGUGUUUUAACCUUUGAGGACUUGGAGGAUUACGUCCCAGAGGAAGGAGAGACUUAUGGCUCCUCCCACACGCAACACGUUGACGAAAAGCCUUGUGAGAUCUCUGUGCUUCAGAGAGAGAUUGGCGGUUCUACAGUGGGACAGCCGGUACUUCUCAACGUGGGCCGGCCUGAUGUGGUGCCCCGGCAAAGGACUGGCUUCUUUAGUCGGUUCAGGGAGAAUCUCUCCAGCAGCCUUUUCUCAUCUGCUGUCCCACCGCAGGCCAGGGAGGCUCGGUCCAGGGCGGAGAAGAACGUGCCUAUUCAAGUGAGCCAUGCAAAGCUGGAAGUGAAGCCUUCGUACUGCUCAGAGGUGCAGAGAGUUGAGGGCAGGCAGCAGAGUUUUAAAACCAAAGUGUCAACUCAGACCUAUGGUUACACAUCAGUUGGCAAUCCUGUCACUCUUCAAAUUAGAGAUGACCUUUAUCAGAACCAGUGAAAAGCAAACAUUUAAUUUGGCAUCACAAACCCUCUUAGUCUUAAAUAGGGACAUUCACUAUACAUAAAAAUACAGAUCGUAACCUGAGCAACAUUUACUGCAUUUGACAAACCAUUCCAUUUUUAGCCUGCCAAUCAGAUAAUAGCGUCAUCCUUAGAUAUUUUCUUGACAGAUUGUUAGACUCUACUGUCUCUUACAGAUGAGAUGGAAACUAUAGGGAUAACGGUUUCACUGUAGGCAGGUUUCAGUCUGAUGCUGUUCUGCUAUAAAACAUAUACAUGUUGUGUGAUGUACAAUAUGCAUGAUGGGCAGAAGCUAAGAAAGGUCUGACAUUUACUGAUUAAAACCUUCAUAUCUAAUGGUGAGUUGAAGUCUUUAAAUAAAAUAAAUGUUUUUUGGUUAUACAUACAGUGAUUGACAAAUUUAUGAGACCGCCACCCCCAGUGUAAGGUUUAUGUCACAGCUCCCUAAAUUAACAGUACUGGUGAUUACCAAAAUCAGUUUUAUGUUUCUGUUAUGGUUAAUCCACUGGUAUGCCAUAUUACAGUUAUUUACUCGCAUGAUUGUUAUAAUUAAUUUGUGACUGCAGAGAAAUCUAGUGUCUAUUUUUUAUUGGGCUUUAUUGGGUAUAAAAUGCAAUUUUGAGAGAUAACAAAUUACAGUGAUGUUUAACAGUGUACCUACGCUGAAUGAUCAGCUUUACUCCCCAGUAUUAACUGAUCCAGAUGUAAUCCUUAGUCCAUUGCUACAUACAUGAAUAGGAUUUAUAUUUUUUCAGGUUUUACUUUGGUACCAUUCAGGCCAUGCUAUGGCACUUUGGAUUCCUGGAGCUGGAAAUAUUGGGAGGUAAUGAGAUGCAUGUUUCAAGUAAGCAACACUGAAUAUAAAAGUAGUGUAAACUUGGGGACUGUUGUGUUUCAGGAGCUGUUAGUUAAUCAAAUUAGAGAAUUACAAGUCUCUACUACAUUAUUUUGUGGUGUUGUGAAUGAUUCCUUAGUGAGCAGUUUAUAAACACGACAUUUGUGCGAGCAAAUCAUUUGGUAGGUGAACAGAUGCCUGUUUCCAAGUUCCUACCAUCAACUAACUGAAUUUUUUACUCAACUUCUUUGGCAUUUGUGUGCUAGUGCAGUGAAACAGCCUGUAAACUCAGGCUGUUACAGGGAUAUUCCUAUGCAAGUGACAAAUAUGUAGAUGAGUGACUGCAUGUAUUUGCUUCUCCAAGACAGAUGUGUUUCUCUAGAAUAACCAGUUGUCAUCUUAUAUUUGAUUGAGCGCAGAUGUUUAUGCAAAGUACUUGAGCUUGCAAAAUUUACUACCUUUUUAGUGCAAUUUAAAAGUAACUAGAGUAACUUCCUAAUUAAACGUGUGGUGUUUGUGUUGAUCAAAAGGUGUCUGUUAAAAGGAUGAUUUUAUGUAAUAAUUUUAAAUCACAAACUGAUUGUACUUGCUUGUACUGUACAUGUGUAGUUUUGGACAAAACAUGGUUGAGU